UCUUCUUCUUAUGCUUCGUCUCUGAGAUCCCAAUUCCGUUUCGGUUCCCGUCGAUCGAUCGGCCGAUCGAUUAAGGCUCGGGUCUCGAGCUCGCUUGUCGAUUCUAUUUGGGGAUCUUCUUCGCCGCAAUGUGGUGGAGAAGUUCCUUGAAUCCCGUCCUCGUCGGUGGUGGAGGGGCGUCCAUCGACCCAUCCCCCCUCGUGGCCGGCGGGGACGACCGCGUCCGCCUCCGGGGCGGUGGACCCCGGCGGCCCAGCCUCCGCGGGGCGGCCCGGUUCCUCCGCCGGGCGGGCAGCCGGCGCGGCAUGCGGGAGCCGUCGCUGCUGGUGCGGGAGGCCGCGGCGGAGCAGCUGCAGGAGCGGCAGAGCGGGUGGGCUCAGUCGCGGCCCGUCGUGUUCCUCGACGCCCUCUGGAAUUUGGCGUUCGUCGCCGCGGCGGGCGGUGUCCUAGUCCUGAGCCGGGAGGAGACGCCGUCGAUGCCGCUGAGGCUGUGGAUCGGGGGGUAUGCCCUUCAGUGCGUGCUCCACAUUAUCUGCGUCAGCGUUCAGUUCCAGCAGAGGCUUCUGCAGCGGGGCGUGGAGGAGAGGGCAAGGUGGGGUCGGGCGAGUUCGGGACGGCCUUCUCCAAUGGAGAUGGUGGAAGCUAGGGGUUAUGAUGCUGAGCAGGGUCAUCAUGAGGAGACGACCGGUGUUGCUAAAUAUCUGGAGUCAGCAAACACUAUGUUCUCAUUCUUAUGGUGGAUAAUUGGAUUUUACUGGGUUUCGGCUGGAGGUCAAGCAUUGACACGUGAUGCACCACAGCUAUAUUGGCUUUGCAUAGUUUUCCUGGCAUUUGAUGUGUUCUUUAUCAUUUUUUGUGUUGCUCUGGCGUGUGUCAUUGGCAUUGCUGUUUGCUGUUGCCUACCAUGUAUCAUCGCAAUUCUUUAUGCUGUCGCAGAUCAGCAAGAAGGUGCAUCUGAUGAAGAUAUCCACCAACUUCCCAAGUACAAAUUCCGAAGGAUUAGCAAUUCUGAAAAACUUGGUGCUGGAGCACAAAGACCCGUCGGUGGAAGUAUGAUCGAGUGUGACACUGAUUCACCUAUUGAGCAUGUUCUAUCAGCAGAAAAUGUGGAGUGCUGCAUCUGCCUCUCGGCCUAUGAUGAUGGGGUGGAGCUGCGGGAACUCCCCUGCAAACACCAUUUCCACCGUGCCUGCGUGGACAAAUGGCUCUUCAUCAAUGCUACUUGCCCCCUCUGCAAGUACAACAUCGCCAAGAUCACCAACCAAGGAGGGGAGGAGGUUUAGAACAAGGUAAAAGGACUUCAUUCCCAUUCCUUCCUUUUCCAGUAUUAUAGCCAGUGUUCAUAAGAGCCCCGUGAGUGUGUGCCGACCUGUCCUUUCUUUCUUUAUAUACAUGCAUAUCCUAUUAUUCCUUGUAUUGAUGCGAUCAUACGGUGUCCUGAGUGUGUGAUUUUGGAUAAUUAAGAAUAUAUUUCAAUCCAAA